UUAUUUGAUUGCCAAAUCCCUGUCCUGCAGUCUCCUUCAAUCCAAAAGCUCGGACACAGCUUUGGAGGCGGUGGUUGUUACGACAAUCUGGGUCUUUGGUUUGUAAGGCUGAUCUUCGUGAUAUUUUGCUGCCACAGAUCCACCUGCAGACCCCGCGCUAUUGUGGUUUGCAUGCAGUUUCCUAUCGUCAAAUCUUUCGUGCGUGAUGGAAUACAACUACCGUCCCAAUGCGCCUGGUAGACCAGAAGAAGGGACGCAUUUUGAUACUCCAUACGAUCCUCAAAUACCAUUAACAUUGCAUGAUUUGUCGAGGAUAACACAUCAAUCGAACGAAUAUGUUUCGCCGUAUCAAUCUCUACCAUACGCGGCUCCACAGGAGAAAGUCCUACACGAGCCAAGAGCUGCCUCAACAGCUCCAGAAGUAGUUGAACUUGGACUGCAUCAUCCGCGACCAAUUCAUGGUCACUCCAGAGCGCUGUCACCUGCGUUUUCCUCGCAAAGCACAACUGUAGAGUUCCCAGUAAGCUCUCCAAAACCGCAAUCCGGCUAUUACCCCGACGGCCUUGAGGUGCGACAAAGCUACUUCAACGAUGGCAAAGAAGUCUACAAUGUAGAUCCACUGCCACCACAAGUUCCACCAAAGGAGAAGAGAAUAUGCGGUUGUUCGAAGAUACUUUUCAUCGUCCUCAUGUUCUUGGUUGUCCUCAUUCUUGCUGGUUUGGGAGCAGGCCUUGGGGCAGGCCUUGGAAUCAAGCAUGGAGAUGGUGGGAAUUCGCCGCAAUAUAUGGGUGACCCAAGACUUGCAAUAGGCGGUGCCCUCAAUCCCGCAUACUACUCCAAGAAAGGCGCGUUCAAUGGCUCUGGCAUUGCCUUCGCAGGCGAGUCAUUCGUAGACAACGAGCACGGAAUCUUCACUGUAUACUUCCAACACUGGGCUGGUGAUAUCAGAUGGAUACAAUUGAGCUCAAACGGAAGCUAUAUUGGAGGCCGUGUGUCAGAGACGGUAGCCACAGAUGCCAAAAAUAGCACCCCUAUUUCGGUGGUUGCGUACGCGAUGAAUAGCACGUCGAAGUGGCACGUGUUUUACGUAGGUGUCGAUGGCUAUCUCAAACAAAAAAGCAAUAGCAACGUGACAAAUAUAUGGCAAGAUGGACCAUUGACAGGUUUGAAUUUGAAGGCAUUUGAUUCUGACUCCGUGGGCAUGCAGGCAUGCUGGUACGGGAAUUUCUACGGAGACAGCGAUGCGUCUAAAUUUCCCACAGCGAGUGGACAACCCAACCAGCAGGCGUUCGACAUCAGCAAGGGAAUGCAUCUAUGGUAUGCAAGCGAUGCUAAGACCUUUCAGCAGUACGGUAUAUAUGAAGGGCAGGAUCAAUGGGUCUUUCAGAAGGAAUGGUCUGGCUUCAAUGGCCACGCUGGUGUCGGAUGCUAUUCUUGGCUACCGGGAACUGUCUCUUACGCAAUGCUCGUUAAUCUAAAUAAUACCGUAGACAUCUACUGGAGAGAUACCAACACUACUACAGAAGGUAACGCAACGCAUCCUAUCAACGAAUGGACUCGAGCACCCAACGCGUCUAUCCCAAAUGUAUACCCAUCAACGUCUCUCGGUUACACGACAUAUUUUUACGCUCAGCUCGAAAAUACUCAGAUCGAAGGCUACAACAUCUCAUUUAACUCAGAAAGCACCCAGCUCCUGAACGAAAUCACCGUAUCUGAUACCGGAGGGCCCGUCAACGUGCUUGGAGGUACUCACAUGUCCGUCUCAGCAGUUGGGAAUCCCAGCGGCGGCGCAAGUCUCUACGUCUUUGCGCAGGACGAAGGUGAUGACAUCAGCGUCUAUACGAGAGACUUGACGGGCGGUCAAUGGAGUAGCGGAAAAUUACCUAUACCAAACGACUAGACAUGAAAAAGCAGCAUUUAUCUUCAUUGUUUAUCUUCUAAGCAACACACAUGCACAUGUAUAAAAAUAUCUAUACAUACGGCAGCCUAACCAAAAGAUACCCGAAUCGAUCUUACUUUACACAUAAACUGUCACUGG